AUUUUCUCUAGAGAGAAAAAAGUCCGGUCCAAAAUUCAAAAUUUCUAGAUAUUUUGACUUUAAAAUUAAAGAAGAAAAACAAAAAACGCGGAAUUUUCCCUUUCCUUGUUGCCAUGGCAGAUCCCUAUUUCAAUCCCUCCUUCCAAACCCUAAUUCCAAACCCCCACAUCCCCCAAUACGGCAACCCGAACAGAGCGCGAGAGGGAGAACAAUCAAAUCUCAACGAUGAAGAAGACUUCGUCACUAUCGGAACUCGGCCUCGCCGCCGAUGCCUCCCGCUUGAUCUUCCGACCUCUCCCAUCGGCCGCACCGCCGUCCCCCUCCUCCCGCCGCACGAAGGUCUCCGUUAUCGGCGCCGGCAACGUUGGGAUGGCGAUCGCGCAGACGAUCCUUACCCAAGACCUCGCCGACGAUCUCUCCCUCGUUGACGCGAAGCCCGAAAAGCUCCGUGGCGAGAUGCUUGACUUGCAGCACGCCGCCGCCUUCCUUCCCCGCACACACAUCGAAGCCUCUACUGAUUAUGCGGUCACCUCCUAUCUCCGCAUCGUUCCUGCCGGCGCUCGCCAGAUCGUCGGCGAGUCCCGCCUUGAUCUGGUUCAGCGUAACUUAGCGCUAUUCCGGGAGAUCAUUCCGCCGCUAGCGAAGUACUCGCCGGAGUGCAUCAUACUUGUCGUCUCCAAUCCGGUCGAUUUGCUCACUUACAUUGCUUGGAAGCUCUCUGGUUUUCCAUCUAAUAGGGUUAUUGGCUCCGGGACUAAUCUCGAUUCAUCACGCUUUCGCUUCCUCCUCGCGGAGCAUUUGGAGGUCAAUGCUCAGGAUGUCCAGGCCUACAUGGUCGGAGAGCAUGGCGACAGCUCCGUCGCGCUAUGGUCCGGCAUAACCGUCGGCGGCAUCUCUCUCCUCUCCUCGCUCGAAAAACAGCAGAUCGCUUAUGAGCAAGAAGUUCUGGAGCGCAUUCGCCAGGCCGUCGUCAACAGUGCCUACGAAGUGAUCCGCCUCAAAGGCUACACUUCUUGGCUCCCCGUCGCCAGCCUCGCCCGCUCCAUCCUCCGCGACCAGCACCGCAUCCACCCCGUCUCCAUCCUCACCCGCGACCUCCUCGCGGGCGUUCCGGCAGGUCGGGAUGUUUUUCUCAGCCUCCCGGUUCUGCUCGGGAGGUCCGGCGUCAUCGGAGUUACUUCCGUUCAUCUUACCGAAGAGGAGGCUGUGCGGCUUUCGAAAUCUGCUGAUACACUAUGGGAGAUUCAGCAAGAGCUUGGCCUUUGAAGGUAUGGUUUUGGUUUAGGGGCAUUUAUAUACAUAUCAUCCGAUUCUUAUGUAUUUACAAAUCUA